AUGUUCUCUAACGUUCGCAAAGCUAUUUCUAAAUGUCCACCUCCUUUAGAAGAUCUUAAGACUUUCAUUGAAGAUUUCAACUCUGACCUUGAAGCAGAACUGAGUUUGAUUAGUAAUCUUCAAAGUGCUAUGCGCCUAAUUAGGAAAAAUUGCAGUCUCAUUAAUAUUGUGAUCCUUGAAGCUGUUGUUGAGCACUUUGAGAUUGAUGAUGCUCAGAAAUACAUUGAUGAUUACAAGAGGGAAAUUGAUGAGUCGUGUCGUAAUUUAUCAGUUGAUCUGUGCUUGAAUGAGCCGUUUGAUGUAGUUAGGGCCAGUCCUCCUCUUAAAUGUGAAACAGCUACUUAUGUACUUGGAUGGGAAGCUACUGAGCAUAAGUUAAAGGACGUUACAGAUAUUAUAUCAAAAUCUUCUGGUAAAUUUAUAAAGCUGAUUAACAUCAAAAGCAUUGAAUCUAUCACCAUCACUUGCUCCUUCCCUCACUCUCUCACUGGAGCUCUCAUUAUAAAAUUGAGUGAGAAUCUUGAAUUAUUAAUAAAGAAUGGUCUAAUAAAGCUUACUGUUGGAUACUGCACAAUAUGGAAGAAACAAAAGAUACAAGAAAUACAGGAACUACUGGAAGAAGAGGUACAGGAGAUAAUGGAACAACCUCAUGAUACAAAGAGACAAAAAGAACUUAAAGAAACUGCACAGCAACUAACAAAAAUACUUAGUGAAAAAGAAAAGGAACUGAAUAAAAUCAAGGAAAAAAUACAAGAUAUGUUAUCACAGAAGAAAACUAAGGAGGAUCAAAAUGAAAGGGAAUGUACACUAGUGGAAUUAAAGGAAGUAAAAGAAACAACCAAUGAUUUGGAAGAGAAACUACAAAGAAUGAAAAAAGAAUAUCACAUUAAAUGUCAUACAGAUUCUACUUCAGCAUCUUACAAAAUCAUAAAGGGAAUGAGAAUGGAAAUAGAACAAAUAUUAACAAAUAAAACUGGUUUACUGGAUCAGAAUGAAUCAUUAAUAGAUAUUAAGGGAGAAAUAGCUGAACUUCAAGAACAGAUAUCAGUAAUGAAUUACAAAAGAGAUGCAUUGAAACUGGACUGGGAAAUAUCCAGUGAACAGACACUAGAUAAAAGAGAAGAGGGGCAACCAGGCUUUUCAUCAAGAAAUAAAGGAACCAGUUGGAUAGACUAA